AUGUCGUCUUCCACUAAGCCAUUGAAGCGGUCUCGCGCCGAGGAAGACGAGCACGAUGCACUUGUCGCCGCCGCCGUCGCAGAAAACCUUGCAGCCGAUGCUGCGGCAGCUGAUGUUGCGUCGGAACCAAAGCCCAAGAAAGCUCGUGUCGAGGCUAAUCGCUCUCUUUUCGUCCGCUCUCUUCCCCCGAACGCCACCAGCGAAUCACUCACCGAUUUCUUUUCGGAGCAUUUCCCUAUCAAGCAUGCUACCGUCGUCCUCGACCCGAAUACCAAGACCUCUCGAGGCUAUGGCUUUGUCACCUUAACGGACGCCGACGAUGCCACGGAAGCCAAGAACAAACUCAACAACAUUCUGUGGGAGGGCCGUCGCAUCAGGAUCGAUCUUGCUGAAGCCAGGCAUCGUGACAAGAAGGAUAGCGCCGUCGGGGCAGCUGCUUCAAACGAGAAGCAAAAGCGGACGCAGGCGCUUGAGGAGGCCAGAAAACCGCCCAAGCUGAUUGUGCGCAAUUUGCCCUGGACCAUCAAGAACUCUGACCAGUUGUCUGCCCUUUUCCGCGCCUAUGGACUGGUCAAGUAUGCCGACCUUCCCCAGAACAAGGGCAAGCUUAAGGGCUUUGGUUUCGUCACUCUCAGAGGACGCAAGAAUGCCGAAACUGCUCUGAAGUCGCUCAACGGCAAGGUUAUCGAUGGAAGACCGAUUGCUGUUGAUUGGGCCGUUGACAAGACCGAGUGGGAGAAGCAGAACCAGGAAGAAGGAAACACCGAGGAGGAAGAUAAGCCCAAAAACAAGAAGAAGGCCGAGACUAUUGCGAAGAAGGAGGAGCCAGCCAAGGAUGCCAAGGCCCAGGAAGACCCCAACGAUGCGGACGUUGAUUUGGAAAACUUCCUUAAAAACUAUGGCGCGAAUCUCGAGGAUGAAGAGGACAGCAACGACGAGAAAGACAAGAACGAGGACGAGGACGAGGACGAAGACGAGGAUGAGGACGAGGCAGACGACUUGUCCGAAGACGACGAGGAUCUCAGCGACGCAGAGGACGCAGAAGAGAGAGACUCCGCUCCCAAGAAGCAGACAUCAUCCGACAAUCAAUCGACAAUCUUCAUCAGGAACCUCCCCUUUACCGUUACCGACGAAACCCUGAAGCAGCACUUCGUUCAGUUCGGCCCUGUCAGGUAUGCUCGUGUUGUCAUGGACCGUGCGACCGACCGCCCUGCGGGAACUGGAUUUGUUUGCUUCGUCAAUGUGGAGGAUGCCAAAGCUUGCAUCAAGGGCGCGCCGCGCGCACAAGCCAGUGCUCUUCCAACCAAGCACUCGGUGCUGCAGGAUGAGACGGCCGAUCAAGAUGGUCGAUACACCCUCGACAGUAGACUGUUGUCGGUUGCUCAAGCGGUCAGCAAGGACGAUGCCGAGCGUCUGGCUGCCGACGGCAGCGCCAAGAGACGCGAGAAGGACAAGCGUCGUCUAUUCCUGCUCAACGAAGGCCAGAUCGAUACGCGAACCAGCUUGUACCAGAAACUCACACCUUCCGAGAUCAAGAUGAGAGAGCAGAGCGCCAAUCAGCGCAAGAAGCUUGUUCAGACCAACCCUACGUUGCACAUCAGUCUUACCCGUUUGGCUGUCCGCAACAUCCCCCGCGACAUGGGCUCCAAGGAACUCAAGGAGCUGGCACGUAAGGCCUGCGUGGAGUUCGCCACUGAUGUUAAGGAGGGCAGGCGCCAGCCCCUGUCCAAGGAGGAGAAGGUCAGAAGUGCAAAGGAGGCGAAGGACGCCGAGCACGAGCGUAAGCUCAAACGCAAGGGUAUUGUCCGUCAAGCUAAGAUCGAGUUUGAGAGCCGUGAAGGAUCCAAGGUCAACGAGGCAGCCGGCGGCAAGAGUCGUGGGUAUGGCUUCAUCGAGUACUCAUCCCACCGUUGGGCCCUCAUGGGCUUGCGUGUUCUCAACGGCUACCAAGUGAAGAACGAGCACGGCAAGAAGCAGCGCCUGAUUGUCGAGUUCGCUAUUGAGAACGCUUCAGUCAUCGCCAGACGCAAGGCUGCCGAGAAGAACCUGGACCGCAAUAAGAAAAGCCAAGAUGGCAAGGAGGGUGACAAGUCUGAGAAGGCCGAUGGUAAGGACCAGGAGUUGCCAAAAAUGGCCGACUUGAAGAAGAAGGGCAAAAAGGGAAAGAAGGGCAACAUGAACAAGGGACCCAAAGAGGACAAGAAGGAGGGGAAGGAGGAAGGCGCCGGUAAAUCCGCCGGCGUUGAUCGCGAAGAUGUCAAGCCUAUGUUGAUCGCGAGGAAGCGCCUGAUGCGGAAGAAGAAGUCUCAGGCAAGGGGUUAG